CCACUAAUAAAGGGGGAGUACCCAAUGAUCGUAGGACUAGGUGUGUAUAUGCCUCAUUGACAGCAUUUAUAAAAUAGACGUUUGCCGUUGUGACAGAGGUCAGAGGAACAGAGAGAGCUCCAGAAACAUGCUACGAAUCAAUACGCUUAUAUUAUGGCUCGUCAAGUCAUCGCCUUUAAAUGGGUGGAAUUUGUCUCCGCAAACCCUCACUAAAACCACACUCUCCUUCCCGAAACCUGGAAUCAAAUUCCAAACCCAUGUAUUCAGCAGUGCAUCCAAGACUUGCUCUUACACCACGUUGUGCGAUUCAUCGAUGACAAGGAGGGGGCUUUUGUUUCGUCAGCUAUUCGAGAAGGAGUCCUCUACCUACACUUACUUGCUCGCCGAUGUAUCUCACCCUCGCAAGCCUGCUGUCUUGAUCGACCCUGUUGACAAGACAGUGGAGAGGGACCUACACCUUGUUAAAGAGCUGGGAUUGAAACUAAUUUAUGCCAUGAACACGCAUGUUCAUGCUGACCAUGUAACAGGAACGGGACUCCUUAAGACUAAGGUACCUGGUAUGAAAUCUAUCAUUUCAAAAGCAAGCAAUUCAAAAGCUGAUAUUUUGGUUGAAGCUGGUGAUAAAAUCUACUUUGGUGAUCUGUUUCUGGAGGUCCGGGCUACUCCUGGCCAUACAUUGGGUUGUGUUACUUAUGUUACAGGCUCUGAUCAACCCCAACCAAGGAUGGCAUUCACUGGGGAUGCCUUAUUGAUACGUGGAUGUGGGAGAACUGAUUUCCAGGGUGGAAGUUCGCGUCAACUAUAUGAGUCAGUGCAUUCACAGAUUUUUACAUUGCCAGAGGAUACAUUAGUCUAUCCUGCUCAUGAUUACAAGGGAUUCACUGUUAGUACUGUGGGAGAGGAGAAGCUCUAUAAUCCAAGACUCACAAGGGAUGAGGCCGCUUUUUUCUUUGUACAGCUAUCGUUGCGUCAUGUAACUGUAUAUGUUUUACAGAUUUGAAUCUUCCAUAUCCAAAAAUGAUUGAUGUAGCUGUUCCUGCAAACAUGGUUUGUGGUUUACAAGAUACUGCAGAGCCAGUUCAGGCUGCAUCAUCGAACUAGAUAUAAUCAGGUAUGGUUGUACAGCACCACCAGAUGAAAGGAUGGCUAUUUGCAAUGAAUUUUGAGCAUCAUGAUCUAUGAAUAAAAUGUAUGGAUAAUUUAAAUGUUCUACUUGUAUUAGAUCAUGUACCAAAGAAACAUUUUUAACAUGAAAUGUACUUUUAUAGAGGCAAAAUUAGAAUUGAGGAAGCUAUUUUCUACUUCUAUAAAGAGCUCUGCUUCUGUUGAAUUAAAA